AUGGAGAAAAUCAAAAUGCCAACAUGUCGAUAUGAUGGAAGGGGAGAUCCAGGUAGAUACAUGACCUUGUAUGAGGGUCACAUGAUUUUAUACACCAAUUCUGAUGCCGUUUGGUGUAAGGUAUUUCCCACUACUCUGGUUGGAGCAGCAGCCGAUUGGUUCAAUAAUCUUGAAAAUGGAGCAAUUCACAGUUUCCAACAGUUAGCCGAAAUGUUCGUAGGGCAGUAUGUCAGUAAUAGUGUUCGGCAGAGAACUUCUGGAGAGUUAAUGGCUGUUACUCAGAAGGCAGAUGAAUCUUUACGGGAUUAUAUAAGGAGGUUUAAUAAUGAAGCUAAUACAAUUCCAAGAUUGCAGCAGGAGAUAGCAGUCAUGGCACUAAUGAACGGUCUGAAUGAUUCGGAAUUCAAGAGGUACUUAACCCGAAAAAAUCAGCCAACAUUAGCUGCAGCUUUUAACAAAGCUCAUGAUUAUAUUAAAAGUGAGGAAUUGAUGAAGACAAGCAGCCGAAUAAGUUCUACUGAUAGAAUUCACCCUAUGUCUGAAGGGGGAUCUUCAGGAAUUGUGAGGUCGAGGAACCCAACGGCAGCAAGAGGAGGAAGUCGCCAAGAGGUCAGAGGAGCCAAAGCACCAAUGCGAUAUAAUUCGUAUACACCUCUAAAUGCACCAAGGGCUGCAAUAUAUUCUAUAAAUCAAAACCGAGAAGGAUGGGUGAGACCCAUGCCGAUGAAAGUGAAAGGAAGGGAUACCAAGAAGUAUUACAUGUUCCACCGAGAUGUAGGGCAUUACACUGAGGACUGUGUGCAGUUGAAGGAUAAUAUCGAAGAAUUAAUAAGAAGGGGGCAUCUUACUCAAUACCGGUUACACUCUGGGGAAAGUCAGCAACAACAAUAUCGCCAACCAGAACGCCAGCAGAUAGAAUACCGGCCAGAAAGACAAGGUCAAGUGAACCGACAGGGUGAAGGCAGACAACCACCGUCGUCCACUGGAAAAAGAGUUGAUGUAAUAACCGGUGGACCAGUUCAUGGAGGAACCAUAAGUGGAGUACGGAAGCACCUGUCGGAAUAUCGGCACAUUGUUAAUACAUUAGAUGUUGCUGAUCGCCCACAACCGUCCGAAAUUCCGAAUGUAACCUUUACUAAAGAAGAUGCAAAAGGAAUAGUGUUUCCUCAUGAUGAUCCCCUUGUAUUAAUAAAAAAGAUCAAUGGAGCCGAUGUGAAAAGGGUUCUAGUUGAUGGAGGAAGUUCAGCAAAUGUUCUGUUUAUGCAAGCCUUCAAUGAGUUGAUGAUAGGCCGACAAUAUUUAACGCCGGUAUCAUAUCCGGUGAUUGGGUUUAACGGUUCAACAGUAAGGCCAAAAGGGAGUAUAGUUCUCCCUAUUAGGCUUGGAGACGGUACAACAACAAGAGAUGCGAUGACUGAAUUUUUAGUAGUGGAUGUACCGUCGGCGUAUAAUGCAAUUGUGGGAAGGCCGAUAAUUCAUGACAUACAGGCAGUAGUAUCAACUUACCAUCUAACUAUUGCUUAUGUGUCAAAUAGAGGGGUUGUGGAAAAGGUACAUGGCGGAUAG